AUGGGAAAACUUGGUAGAAUAGAUUCACUGUUGAAAGCUCUGAAAGGAGUCCGCAGCAGUUCAAGAAGAGACGAUCAUGAAGAUGAAGAAAGGUUCAAGAAGCUCUUGCGAUCCAGGGAAAAGGUAGCCAAGCUUCAUUUCUACAUCCAAGACGCGUUGGGCGGAUCAAACGCCACCGUCUGGGAGGUGGCGAGCUCUCAGAUCACUUCAAAUUCAGCCACCUCGUUCGGGCAGGUCAGAGUCCUGGAUGAUCUGAUCACGGCGGAGCCCGAUCGCAGCUCCGAGAAGUUGGGCCGUGCUCAGGGGAUGAUAACUUCUUCGGGUCUGGAGGAAUCCGCCCUCACUAUGAGCCUUAACUUCUACUUCACAUCGGGUAAGUACAGUGGCAGCAGUCUUUGCAUUAUGGGGAGAAACCCCAUAUCGAGCAAGAACCGUGAGCUGCCGGUGGUAGGCGGAAGCGGCGUCUUCAGGAUGGCCCGUGGCUACUCCAUCUCCAACACCUACUCUUACGAUGCAGCCACCAACUACGGUGUGCUGGAGUACACUGUUUAUGUGGCUUAUAAUGUGGAUGAAUGUUGA